GUCCGUCAGUGUCACUUGUUGAAACAGAAAACUAGUUAUAGAUUUAGAUAUUGUGCACGGAGAAGAAUAAAUUCACACCGCAGUAAGAGGGGACUGAAAGGUUGUUUGUGUGAGUGUUUGGUAUUCUGCCAUGAAUCUCCUCCAGCAGGACGUUUUACCACUUGGAGAGGAUGAAAGGGCAAGGAAAGUUCAAAGGCCAGUUGUCCAGCAGCACAUUGAAGACACUGCUAAACCUGAAAUUACUGGGCCGGUUCCAGUUCCUGACCCAAGCUGUGUGUCCAUGAAAAGUGACUGGUCCAAGCAGUCUCCUCCCUAUUUCAGUGCAUCUGUUGAUGAGAGAAUCAAGGCCAAGUCACAUUUUUCAGUUGGUAGUUGUUCUUCGUCCUGGACCAACAGGUCAAAGGAAGACAUCAUUAAUUUUAAAGAACUUCCACCUGCUGAUCAAAUAAGUCAUCAAAGAAGAUACUUACUUUCCUUUCAACCAAAUGACAGUGACUGCCAUCUAAAGGAACGUGAACCUUCUACAAAGAAGAGGAAACUGGACUGUUCAGACUGCACUGAACCUGAUCUCGAACCUGGAUUCGAAAAUAGUGAUUCACGCUCUGGAGAUGGACUCCAUGAUGCAAAUCACAGAUUUGAAAAUGAGAGCAUGAAGUUUACCAGUCACCAAUCAACCCAGCAGCACCUCAACUCCAUAUUUAUGGCUUUGGAGGAAAACAUUGUUGCUUUUGUCAGGAAUGAAUUGAAUCACAUUUUUAAGGCUGUGGCUUCUGGUUGCCCAGAAGACGGUCAAAGCAAUGUGAAGGAUGUGUCGAAGGGUGAGGAUGAAGAGCAGAAGAGGAGCAGCAGAGAGGCAGUUCUGAAACUUGCCAUGAACUUCCUGAAGACCAUGAAGCAGGAAAAGCUGGCUCACCUUCUACAAUGUGGGACUAGUGCUGCAGUUGGUCAACGUAAGCUUAAAUCUAAGCUGAAAAAGAACUUCCAGUGUGUGUUUGAAGGGAUUGCUAGACAAGGAAACCAAACCUGUCUGAAUCAGAUUUACACAGAGCUCUAUGUCACAGCGGGCGGGAGAGCAUCAGUCAGCGAUCAACAUGAGUUCAUGCAGAUUGAAACCGCCAGCAGGAACUCAGACAGAGGAGAAACCAAAAUCACACACAAACAAAUAUUUGAGAGUUUUCCUGAAAAACUUCGACCAAUCAGAGCAGUGAUGACAAAGGGAGUGGCUGGCAUUGGCAAGACAGUCCUGACACAGAAGUUCACUCUGGACUGGGCUGAAGGCAGAACCAACCAGGACGUCCACUUUGUGUUUCCAUUCAUGUUCAGAGAACUGAAUGUGCUGAAAGAGAAGAAGUUCAGUUUGAUGGGACUUGUUCAUCACUUCUUUACUGAAACCAAAGAAAUCUGGGACUUUGAAAAGUUCCAGGUUGUUUUCAUCUUUGAUGGCUUGGAUGAAUGUCGACUUCCUUUAGACUUUGACAACAACGAGAUCCUGACGGACGUGACGGAGUCUGUGUCUGUGGAUGUGCUGUUGACGAAUCUCAUUAGAGGGUACUUGCUUCCUUCUGCUCGCCUCUGGAUAACCACGCGUCCUGCAGCAGCCAAUCAGAUUCCUCUUGAGUGUAUUGACCUGGUGACAGAAGUCAGAGGGUUUGCCGAUCCGCAAAAGGAGCAUUAUUUCAAGAAGAAAAUCAGGGAUGAGGAGCAGGCCAGGAGGAUCAUCUCCCACAUCAAAACAACGAGAUCUCUCCACAUGAUGUGUCACAUCCCCGUUUUCUGCUGGAUCACAGCCACAGUUCUGGAGGAUGUGUUUAAAACCAGUGAGGGAGAAAAGCUGCCAAAAACGACUGAGAUGUACAUCCACUUCCUUGUAGUUCAGACCAAAGUAAAGAGCUUGAAGUACGACGGAGAAGAUAACCACUGGAGUCCAGAGAACAGAAAGAUGAUCAAAUCUUUGGGAAAACUGGCAUUUGAGCAGCUACAGAAAGGAAACUUAAUCUUUAAUAAAUCAGAUCUGGAAGAAUGUGGCGUUGACGUUCGAGCAGUCUCCAUUUCUUCAGGAGUGUUCACUCAGAUCUUCAAAGAGGAGAAAGAAGGCCUGUACCAAAACAAGGUGUUCACUUUUGUGCAUCUCAGUGUCCAGGAGUUUCUAGCUGCUCUUUAUGUCCAUUUGAUGUUCCUUGACUCUGACGUCAAUCUUCUGGAAGACGAGAACUCAUCUGAGUUUGAAGAUUUCUACCAGACUGCUGUGAAUAUGACACUCAAAAGUCCCAAUGGACAUCUUGACUUGUUUCUCCGCUUCCUCCUGGGCCUUUCACUGCAGAGCAAUCAGACUCUGCUGCAAGGCCUCCAGAGAAAGUCGAGCGUCGGCACACAGGCGGAUAUUAGCCCAAUUAUUAUUAAUGAUACAAGUCAAUACAUCAAAAAGAAGCUAAAUGAAGGUCUUUCUGUAGACAAGAGCAUCAAUUUGCUUUACUGUCUGAAUGAACUAAAUGAUCAUUCCUUAGUAGAAAAGAUUCAAGAGUCUUUGGCCUUGGAGAAACUUUCCACAGACGAGAUGUCACUGGCAGACUGGUCAGCACUCGCGUUCCUUUUGCUGUCCUCAGAAAAAGACCUGGAUGUGUUUGAGCUGAAGAAAUACUCUGCCUCAGAAGAGGCUUUCUUGAGGCUGCUUCCUGUAGUAAAAACAGCAAACAAAGCUCUGCUGAGUGGUUGUAACCUGUCAGAAGGAAGCUUUGAGUCGUUGUCCUUGGUGCUCGGCUCCCACUCAUCUGCCCUGACAGAGCUGGACUUGAGUAUCAACGACCUCAAGGAUUCAGGAGUAAAUCAGCUGUCAGCUGGUCUCAAGAGUCCUUAUUGCAAACUGGAAGUACUCAGGGCUGGUUUUAUGUUGAGUCUCUGUAACCUCAACGAGAGGAGCUGUGAGAUGCUUUCCUUUGUGCUCAGCUCCAAAUCCUCUAUUCUGAAAGAAAUGGACCUGAGCAACAAUGACUUGGAGGACGUGGGGGUGAAGCUGCUCUCUUCUGGACUGGAGAGUCCUCACUGCAAGCUCCAAAACCUCAGACUGUCUGGGUGUUUGGUCACAGAGGAGGGAUGCAGGUCUCUGUUCUCAGCGUUGAGCUCCAACCCGACCCAUCUGACCGAACUGGACCUGAGCUACAACCAUCCGGGAGAAGCAACAGUGAAACUUUUCUCUGCAAAGCUGCAAGAUCAAAACUGGAAACUGGAUGUUUUAAGGAUAGAGCCUUUUGGAGAACAAUGGCUGAGACCUGGCCUGAGAAAAUAUUACUUUAAGCCCACAUUUGACCCAAACACUGUUAACAGACAGAUAAAACUGUCUGAAGACGACAGUAGGGCCAUACAUGUGAGAGAGGACCGGUCCUAUCCUGACCACCCAGAGAGAUUUCAGGACUGUCCUCAGCUGCUGUGCAGUGAGGAUCUGACUGGUCGCCAUUACUGGGAGGUGGAAUGGAGCGGAUGGGUGGAUGUUUCAGUGAGUUACAGAGGAAUAAGCAGGAGAGUGGAGAGAACAGACUGCAGGUUUGGUGGGAAUGAGAAGUCCUGGAGUCUGAGCUGUUCAGAUGGGGGUGGGUACUAUGUUUACCACCAGAAAAGAAGAUCAUUUAUCUCACACUUAUCCGCUGCGCCUAAGAAGGUAGUGGUGUAUGUAGAUUACUCAGCUGGAAGUGUGUCGUUCUUCAGAGUCUGUGAUGAUGCUCUGAUUCACCUCUACACCUUCAACACCACCUUCACUGAACCUCUGCGUCCAGGGGUCGGCUUUAGAUUCAGGCUCAGGUCCAAAUUUGAUUCCUUUGCAUCGUUAUGCUCCCUGUGAUCUAUCACCUGAAGAACAUCUCCAGGAUUUGAGGACUAAUGUCUCAGCCAGAGCUAGAGAAACUCAUCCAUGUAUUUAUCUUCAGUUGCAUUGAUUACUGUAACAGCAUCUUCACAAAUCUGUCCAACAAAUCAAUCAAACAGCUGCAGCUGAUCCAGAAGCUGCUGCUUGUGUUCUUACUAAAACCAGGAAGAUAGAGACAUAACAGCAGUCUUAAAAUCCCUCCACUGGCUCCCUGUAGCUCAAAGAAUAGAUUUUAAAAUACUGUUAGUUUACGAACGGUUUAGCACCACGAUGCAUUAAAGAUCUGCUGUUGUUGUAUCAACCUUCCAGAACCAUCAGGUCUUCUGGUUCUGGUCUGAUCUGCAUCCCCAGAACCAGAACCAAACAAGUAGAAGCUGCUUUCAGCAUCUAUGGACCAAACAUUUUGAAUAAACUUCCAGAAAACUGUAAAACAGCUGAAACUUCCUUUAAAUCUUGUCUAAAAACGCACCUGUUUAGAAUUGUAUUUGAAAUGUAAUCAAUUAAAGAUGUAAUGAUGGAACUUAACUUAAUGUAUUGUUUAUUCUAUGUUGCAUGACUUUGUGUUUUUGUGUUUAUGAUGUAAAGCAUUUCGAAAUGCCUUGCUGCUGAAAUGUGCUGCACAAAUAAAAUUUGAUUGAUUGAUUGUGA